AUGGCAAUUGCUUUAUGGUACUGUCCGCCGCAGGGUUCAGUUGCUUACGAGACAAUACAGAUGCUCAUAUUUUCGUUUCAGACGCUGUUUCCGGAUUCGCCAGUCUUUGAACCUCAUGUAACAAUAACAUCACACUUGGUGUGCAACGGCAGAGAUGAUGUUAACAAGAUCCUAACUUCAUGUGUCGCUGCCAUUCAGUCUAUAAAGUCUCAUCAAAGUAACGCAAAAAAAGGGCACAAGAGACAGGCAUCCCACACUACCACAGCCCCUCUAGUAUCGUUUAAUGGAUGCAGUGUGGGUAAACGAUACUUCAAGAAAAUCGUACUAGAGUGCAGCAAGAAUAAAAUCCUUUAUGGAAUUGCACAAAUCAUGAGAGAGAUGUACGUAGAGAUCGAUCUUGAAACAAGAAGUAGCCGCGCUGCUACUUGGGUGCACGAAGAGUUCCAUCCGCACGUUUCAUUACUAUAUUCAGACAUCCAUCCAGUGAGUCAGGCUUCAUUGCGGGUUGUUCAACAAAGAAUCGAAGAUGCCUUGGACGUGCAACUGCUUCCAAGAGAGAAAAAUAAGGGUUCUGGAAACGCAGAUGGGUCUAACGAAGUGCAAGCCAGGUGGGAUUUUGAUGUAUCUUCAUCGCUGUCUUGGAAUAUUCCAGGGACGUUCAAGGUGGUAAACUGCGUGGGUCGCACUGAAGACUGGGAAGUACUUGGACGAGUGGACGUUUAA